AUGUCGUACAAAGCGCCCGUGGAAGCGCAGGACACGCCCGGGGAACGUGUGGUGACGACACUGGUGGGGAGACAGGCCGUCCUCCCGUGCGACCACAACGGCGGAGCCGGCAAUGUUUCCCUCAUCAUAUGGACUAAAGGGAGCGACAUCAUCACACAGGUGGCGCUUCAGAACGAUGUGACCUUUGUGGCGCCCUGGGGCCCCUUUGCCACUCGGUUGGGGCUAACAGACGACAUCAACCUGCAGGUCGAGAACGCCCGACUGGAGGACGAGGGUCACUACCAGUGUGCCGUCACACUGUCGCCCACCAACAGGCAGGGCGUGGCGGAGGUGCACCUGUACGUUUACGCCCAGCCAGAAGCGCCGGUUAUAACCGGCAGACUGGACGGUGACAGCGUGGACCCGGACGGUAACAUGAUCCCUCCGGGGAUGAACCUGACCCUGGUCUGCAGCAGCAGCGGUGGUACACCCCCCGCUAACCUGACAUGGUACAGGCAGGGUAAGAAGGUGGUGGAUGACGUAAUUAGUUACCAUGACAACAGCACCGGCGAUGACGUCACCUCCGUGUCUGAGCUGCUGGUCCAGCUGACGGAAGAUGACGACAUGGACGUGAUGACGUGUACAUCCUGGGGCCCUGAACCAAUCAAAAGACAAUCCACGUCAAUCACAUUACGGGUUGGCUUUUACGAUCCCCAACAGCAAACCAUCAGGUAUGUGUCGUGGUCGCUGAUUGGUGGAGGAGUGUCCGGGGCUCUGAUUGUCCUCCUCAUCCUUGUUGUCAUAGCAACGACGACGGGCAAGACGUCGGAUCGGCGGCCACGAACAAGCGACAAUUUCACAAACCUAGAGGCAGCAGACAGAAUGCCUAUCGGCAUGAAUGGCCAUAGUACUGUGCAGGCUAACAACUUAGAGGAAGAGAAGGAGAAGGACCACGUGACAGAAUCGACCAAUGAGACGCAGGACCCAAAGCCAAACGCUGUGCAGAGUGUGACGCUUGACGGACCAACUGGCGAGGCGCCCCAAGAGGAAACGAACAUUCCUGAUAUCACUGUGUCUGAGUUCUUGUAGCUAUACAACUAAGGAAGUUAAAAGGGUUUUCCAGCUAGGGUUUUGUCUAUAACGUUAGUGAGAUACUGUGGCAAUUUAUCCUUCAUGUUGUAC